ACGCAGUAGCUUUUAUUUUGAAAAACAAACUUCCGGUUGCCCUCAGGUUCUCAGACAGGCGAAGAGCUGAGCGUGAGAGGGGUCUGUUAGCAGCAAAGGUCUCUGGACACGAUGGGACGCCACUUUGGAGAUUUGGCCAAGGUCCGGCACAUAAUCACCUACAGCAUCUCUCCGUUUGAGCAGAGAGCUUUCGCCAACUACUUUUCAAAGGGAAUUCCCAACGUUUGGAGACGAUUCAGAGCAUCCGUCUUCAAGGUUGCACCACCCAUGGUUCUGAUGUACCUGACCUACACUUGGGGCAAUCACGUCCACGAGCAGGGCAAGAGGAAGAACCUCGCCGACCACGAGCAUGAAAAUUAAAUCCUAUCACUGUCCCUUUUGUCCAUGUUUAAUGUUUAUUAUAUUAUUAAAUGAUCUAUAAAGAUA